AUGCUGAAACGAUGUACACCGAAACUCGUUCGUCUCGUAUUCGUGCCGCCAUGUUCCCAGAAAGUGAAGCGGGCCCAUCUAGUGGGAUUCCUCAUCGCGCUACCAUUGUUGAACAGAUGUCAAUACCAGCUCGCGUUUUGAAAACGGCAGUUCUCGAUCUGCUUUCUUUCGAAGGUACAUCUGACAUCAGCACACUUCCUAUCCCUGAUCUUAUUGAUCUCAUGUCUGACCGCGAUGAGGCUGUGUUGGCGCGUGCUGUGCAACGUGUUUACCUUCUUUCCAAAGAGGACCGUACCAUCGCCUCGUAUCCAACUUUGAUUGAUGCUUUGAUCAAGGCCAGCAAGAGCGACAAUGUCAAUGUAAAGCGUGAUGCAAUUGGAGCUUUAAGCCAUAUCUCUGAACAUCCUCAGGGAAGAAUGCAAAUAUUCCGUUCUGGAGGUUUAGCUGAAUUGAUCAGGAUGCUCUAUUGUCCUGUAGAGACGAUUGUGCAAUACGCUGUUACUACGCUUCGUAAUCUUCUGAUGCAUGUGGAUACUGUCAAGGCACAGGCACGGGUGCUUGGAGCAAUAGAAGCAUUGGCGCCACUACUUCUCAGA